AGGAAGCAGUUGCAUUCAGCGCGAGAAAUGAACGACUUGCAUGAGCCAUCCAUUUCGUGUUCGAGUUUCGGAGUAUCUGGACACGCUCCAUUAGCAUUGAGAUGUGUAUAUUGUUGGAUAGCUGACCAGGGACGACGUGUACGGUUACUUUGCACACAUUCUGUGGCAGCGAUAGCGUUUACUAGAGGGAUCAAUUUCGGUCUUGGCACCAACCGCGCCGUCUUUCAUUUCAUCAACGCACGCAGCAGGGGGUGCUCCCAUUGUUUUCCAGCCCGGAGCGCCAGUCGCGUCAAGUCUGCUAGAAGCUAUCAGCAGCGUACACUGACAUGCAGAAUAGCAGACGGAGUGUCUGACAGCGGUACUCCACUCCCAACUAGUCGGGGAGAGCCAUAAAUGCCAGCAUUCCUCAGCUCACCGCCGGCUGACGUUUCGCGACAGGUAACUGAGCGGUCUGUCAGAGCGGAUCCCGCACGGUGAAUACCGUGAACCCAACACAAGACUCGGGCUGCUGCAAUCAGACGGACGCUGCCGACCUCACUGGACAGCAGGCGCGCAACAUACACGCUUUCUCAGCUAGACGUGCCAGUCUAGUGCCAGGCCGCUUCAGGCUUCAUCACCUACACGUACAAGGCUACAGUCAACCGUCAGUCAUGCCGGCAGCGACCCGCACCGCCUGGAGGCCGCUGGACACAAUCAAGCGAGUGGUGUUCGCCUCUGCACGGACGACCACGCUAUAUCUGCUGCUGAUCUACAGCUCGUUAUUAGCUGGUGCAAAGCCAGUUCCAGUUACCGUUCCGGACACAAAUAAUUGGGGUAUUGUACGUCACCCAGACAUGGAUGAAGACAGGGUGAUCGACCUGCCACAAAAGCGCUUCAAUCUCACCUGGCUGGCAAAAGGCGACUCCAUUCAUCAGCGUUCUUCCUCGGGAUUGGUAACAGGCAAUUCGCCGAGACCCGAAGGCCAGAACCAGGAUUGGGCGUCAACGUCUACCGUCGCACCGGUCCUUAGCAAAUCUAAGCGGCAGCAGCAGGACGGGGCAAGGUGCAGACGGUGCGCCGACACACAUUACCGCGUGCCCGAAGCACAGAAGGGCGCGGACAUACGGGAAGGCAUCUGCUCAAUGGAUUUCGCUAUUGGUGCCAGACUGAUGAGUAGCAAUGUGACUCACCAUCGCCUGCGCGUGUUCGCGGUGUUUGCCGCUCGCCACAAGCCCAUCUACGGUAUGAUGGCGUAUCACAACCCGCGCGGCUCUUCCCUGCGCCCUCCGGAGAUCUCGUCCGGCGCAUCGGAGCGAGGUGCACGGUCAUCGGGGACGGACGACGGGCAGGGCGCGGCUGGCGACGGGCAGGACGAUGACCAACUCAUCCCGCCCAUGCAGUUCAUCCUGGCCAGAGCCCCGGCGGACCAGUGCCAGCCAUGCGAGAUGCGACCCGGUCGCAACUACUUCAUUUCCGGCAGCGUGGACACGGUGUCCGACACGUUUCAGCUGACGGCCGACAGCACCGUGUACCGAUGGAAGCGGAAAGUGCGCCACUUUGCCGAGACCGCCAUGCGACGGGGCUGCUCGUCAUGACCCGUGCCGAGAACGUGAAGAUAAUAUCCCGGCGGUAACGACUCCGUCACCGUGGUCGUCAAAUGUAGUAGAGUGGUGCGACAUGGGUCGUAUUCCGGCACUCGGAACCACAGCCUGCACUGCAGCCAAAGGCGAAGUGGACAUACACGACCACA